ACAUAGGUACUGGUGUUACCUCCCCUUACCUUGCAAUUUAGGUAGGUAAUGUAUAGGUCCUUGGUGUUUACAUUUUCCUCUCAACUUGCUCUGCUGCUACAGAUUAGUACAGAUCGCAAGCGUACUUCUCCUGAUGGCAGUUUGAAGAAUUUCUUUCUCCAUAUUGAUCUUGUUCUCCAUUCGAGCAGUACAACCGAGUGCCUUCUUUCAACAGUCAGAAGAAUAUGGAAAAAAACAAUGACAUUGGAAUGUGAAUCUCGACUUAAUCCCGAUCUGCCAAUCUGAAUUUUCUGUUGCGAUCUUCAUUUUCAUUCUCAGCCCAAGUCAAGCUCAACACGAUGAUGCUUCUGAUUGCUGGAUCGGUCGUUUUUGCUGUGGCUUCGGCUGCCUAUCUCACUGGAUGGUUUUGGACUUUGUUUUGGCUUGUUGCCCAUAUAGCCGUUGCAUGCCUCGGCUUUUAUUAUGCCGUGCAGUGGAACCUUGUCUGUGGGAAGGAUUACAAACCUCCUGUGAAUGCAAAACAAAAAAGUGCCAUAAAAAUCAUCAUUCAGAAGAUGCUGGAAUUGGAAGCAACUCACAGAGAACAGCCCAGGAAAGUUGUCAUUUCUCGCAGUCUGGACAAUGCGAUACAGGAAGUCCUUGAUCUUGUCUCGAGACAUUCCAUAUUAACCUGGUAUGAACCUCUAACACAGGAUAAGACUUUCAUCAAGUAUGCACAGAUGGAGAUGUGGAAUGUGGUUGACCUAGUCAGUCGGAGGUUGUCAGAAGUUGAUCUGGUCAAGUUCCUCUCCCAGGAUGUUCUGGACUGCCUUCACCAACACUUCAGAAGUAUACGUAUCGCCAAAAGGGAUCCCAAUGCUGACAAGUCUGAGGAAGAAACCAACAAAUUUAUGCUGCACUUCUGGCUGAGGGAUGAAGAGAGAGAGCUGGAGUGCUUGAGAAAAGUGACAGACGCCCUACUCAUCACUCUCUUGUCACGGCCGUAUGCCAUGUGUGCUCCCAUUCGGCAUCUGCUGAGGGAGAUUAUCGCUGGCUCAGUGCUGAGGCCAACCAUCGACAUGAUCUGUGACCCCGACUACAUCAAUCUGAAAAUCCUGGACUAUAUGGCCUACAGAGAAAAGCUGGACGCCGACACCAAAAGAACGUACAUGUACUCAGCCACGUACGAGGGUUUUGUGAAGAUGAUCAAGGCGUCAGACUCGCCCAGCGAUUUACGCCAGAUGAGGUACAACAUUAUCUCGGAGAUCCUCCAGGCUUCGGCCAUAAACAACCUCAAGAAGCAGCAAGGUCUCAACACAGCUGACCGUGGCGAAACAGCUAUGUGAGAAGCGACUGGUGGCACUCGGGGAGACCAUCUACGACACGGAGACGCAGACGUCUAGCACCAAGGAGGAAAUACCCGGACAGAAGGUAUUUUCCUUCUCAGUGAUCAUGGAGAUGCCCCAAGGAAGAGAAUAUUUUAUGAAGUUCCUGAAGAAGGAAGGAGCGGAGUCCUACUUGGGGUUUUGGAAUGGAGUUGACAAGUUAAAAUCGACCGCAAAGGAUCAGCGGCACCACGCGGCCAGCGAGCUGUACCAGCAGUACAUCACCAGCACCUCCUCUCUGGUCCGCGUGGACAAAGCCGUCCUCAAGAGCAUGGAAGAGUUCCUCAGGGGGGAUAAGGGACCGGAUGCGUUUCUAAUAGCUCAAAAGGACGUUCAGAAAGUUCUAGAGGACCAGUACUACCCAUCCUUCAUCGUCAGCGACACGUACUUCCAGCUGGCAGCGUCCCAGAGGGAGGGCGUCACGUCUGACGAUGAGUCGGUAGCCUCAGAUGAGCUGUUCCUGGACUCGACCACUGAGCACUAUGACGAUGAGGAGGGUCUUAUUGCCGGUCAGUCCUACCACGCCCAACAGCAGCUGCGGGCCCUGGACAGCAAGAUCACCAACAAGGCUCGGGCUCUGAUGGCUCAGAGGAGCUCUCAGAAGACAGAAGUCAAUGCCAAGCUGCAGAAAGUGCAUGAGGAUAUGGAGAAGGAGCUGGAGAGCUUGAAGCAAGAACGCCGCAGCUUGGAGAUGCACAUUGCCCGCACACAGAAGUGGAUCGACCACAUCGGGCAGUGGAAUGUGCUCGUCUAUGACGCCUCUGCAAUCUCCACAGAAGAAGACAAAAAGGUUGCCCAGUUUGUCCUGCUGGUGUCGCUGUCCGCCGAGGGACAGCUGAGUCCCAAACAGAGCAGCGGCUCCACCGAGGGCUGGGCCAUCUCCCGCACGCUCGACGACUUCCACGCCCUGCACGAGAAACUCUCGCCGAUCAGUUCAGCUCUGCAGAAAAAAGAACUUCCGUCUUCCAGUAAAAUAUUCAAGUCUAUAGACGACGCUUUUGUGCAAAAAGCCAGAGUUACACUAGAUGAAUACCUUGAGGCUGUGCUGAAAGACGAAAAAGUCAUACCCAGCGAGGCUCUCUAUGCUUUCCUGUCCCCCACGCCUGAGUUUGUUUACCAGCACACAAACUCUGAGAAAAAAUCAAAAUUCUCCCUUGCGUCCCUUAUGAAAAGCCUCCCAAACAUCCGCUCUGACAACCAGGACAACGAAGAUGACUUCAUGUUUGGCGGGGAGGACAGUACAAGGGAAGAGCGGAGCACGGACUCUAUCGCAAAGCCUCUCUACCGCUUUGUCGGUGAAGUGUUUGAGCUGCAGGGUGUGUUCCGCUGGUUCCGCAGAAGUCUGAUGAGCUUUGUGGAGCUCACCUUUGGGAGAUCUAUCGACAGACAGCUGAAGGCCACCGUAGACUGGCUGGUGAGCGAGCAGAUGCUGAUCUACUACACGCAGACGUUCAAGGAUAGCCUGUGGCCAGAUGGGGAGUGGGCGCCCUCGGCAGCUGCGAGGAACGACGCCCAGCAGCAGGAGGACAGAAUGAGGGCAAAGACCAAGCUGUUGGAGAAUAUGCCAGAUAUCCUGAGGACCAUGGUGGGUGAAGACAACGGGCGUCGCGGCAUCAUCAAGAUCUUUGAGGUGCUACAGAACAAGAACUUGAACAAACACCUGCUAUAUAACCUUCUGGAACUUCUCCUGACCGAGCUGCUUCGGGAAUUCCGGUCGGCCAAGAGCACCGUACAGAAAAGCAUGGAGGAUCAGCGGCAGAAGCUUGCCUUAGAGCAGGAGACAGAUUUCUAGCAUGUCGGAGAUUUUGCUCAUUUUUGUGGAUGGGACUGGUUUUUUAAAAAAUAAUGGUUAUCUCCAGCAAGAUAUAGACUGCUCAGUGUAAGACUUCGCCCUG